AUGACGGUCACCUACACGGCCAGAGUUGCAAAUGCCCGAUUUUGUGGCUUCUCCAAACUGCUUUUGGCCUGGAAAGGAAGCAUCUACAAGGUGUUGUAUAAAGAGUUCCUGGCUUUCUUUGCCAUGUACACUGCCAUCAGUAUCACUUACAGGUUUUUACUCUAUGAUGACCAGAAGAGGUAUUUUGAAAAGCUGGCAAUCUAUUGCAACGACUAUGCCAGUCUCAUCCCCAUGUCCUUUGUGCUGGGUUUCUACGUGACCUUGGUGGUGAACCGGUGGUGGAGCCAGUACACCAGCAUCCCGCUGCCUGACAGGCUCAUGUGCGUCCUGUCAGGGGGCCUCCAGGGUAGCGAUGAGCGAGGACGCCUGCUGAGACGCACCAUGAUGCGCUACGCCAGUCUGUCCGGUCUGCUCAUCCUCCGCUCUGUCAGCACCGCCGUCUUCAAACGCUUCCCCACCAUGGACCAUGUGGUCGAGGCCGGAUUCAUGACGAGAGAGGAAAGAAAGAAGUUCGAAGGUCUCCACUCUCCUUAUAACAAAUACUGGAUCCCCUGCGUUUGGUUCACCAACCUGGCUGCUGUGGCUCGCUGUGAGGGCAGAAUCAAAGACGAUCACACACUCAAGCUACUGCUGGAGGAGCUGAAUGCGUUCAGAGGGAAGUGCAGCAUGCUGUUUCAUUAUGACAUGAUCAGCGUGCCUCUGGUGUACACUCAGGUGGUGACUUUGGCCGUGUACAGUUUUUUCCUGGUGUGUCUAAUCGGUCGCCAGUUCCUGGAUCCCAGUCAGGGUUACCCGGACCACGACCUGGACCUCUACGUGCCCAUCUUCACCCUGCUGCAGUUCUUCUUCUAUGCAGGGUGGCUCAAGGUCGCAGAGCAGCUGAUCAACCCUUUUGGAGAAGACGAUGAUGACUUUGAGACCAACUGGCUGAUAGACCGAAAUUUCCAGGUGUCCAUGAUGGCUGUGGAUGAGAUGUACGGAGAUCUGCCCAUGAUGGAGAGGGACCGCUACUGGAAUGACUCCAACCCCCGGCCCCCCUACACUGCAGCCACGCUCUUUGUUCUCCGUAAACCCUCCUUCCAGGGCUCCACCUUUGACAUGGCGAUUCCUAAGGAGGAGAUGCACUUCCAGCCCCUAGAGGACAUUGCUGAGAACUUGGAGGAGUCGGGCACUCGCCACCCCAACAUGGCCCUCUUCAACCGCCUCCUCAAUGCAGCCCCUUCCCCGACUGGCUUCAUGGGAGGAGCUCUUCGCCGCACCUCAGCGCAGCUCCAGAGGCUCCACCACUCCCCCAGCAUUGACCAAUGCACCAGCGAUGACGAGGAAGAGGACAGCUGUAAAAUAGGCAAAGGGGGUUCUCUGCCGUCCGGGCUGGGACAGGAGACCCAGAGCACCGUGUGCAGCUUCAGGGAGGAGAAGAGCGUCCGGACGCCUCUGCUGGAGAUUCAGUUUGGGGCUGAGCCGGACAAGCGAGGAGGGCAGCCGGAGAGGAUGGAGGUGAGCAAUGAAGUGGGUGAAAGAGGGACAGCAGAGAAGAGGGAGACCUCCAGAGCUCCAGUGUCACUGCUUCCUCCCCCUCCUCAGUCCACCAGAGAGAUGUCCCCUCGACCGGCCUCCGCCAUCGUCUCUGGUCACCCCUCGGCUUUCCUGUUUCACCCGGCUGCUCACUCCAGUCUGGAGCACUGCAGCUCCCAGCCAGCCAUCAAUCACAACAAGGCUGUUCCCGCCAUCCCCAAACCUCCCUUUGGUGGAAACAAAAUGUCCUUCCUCACUGUGCCGUCUUACAACGAACCUCAGCGUUUUCGCAGUGUGAGCAUGGGCUCAGAGCUCACAGGCUCUUAAAGUGGACGAUGUUGUGGGACGAUGUGGUGGUGUGACGUCCAAAUGACAAUUUUAAACUCUAACUGCAUGCUCUGAAAUUAGUCACUGGAACUUUUAAUAUUAUUCUCAGAUGACAGCACAUUUGGGGACAUGCAAUUUUUUAGAAAUUAGUUUAUUACAUAAAACAUUCCCUAAUUUUGUUAUUGAAACCACUGUUGAACUUGCAUUGUAAACUGUACUGCUUUUCAAAGAUCAAAAAGGAGGAACGGUUAGAAAGGUUUGUAUCUGUAGGCGCUAAUAUUAACUUCAAAGGAAUAUUCCAACAUUUUGGAGUGUUUUUAACAUCUGUACCACAGCAAAUAUAUGUUUGGCAUUUAGUUAAGCUUAGCGUGGACAUUGAAGGCAGGGAGAAAUUUAUUGACCUGUUUUAAUUUUCUUGCAAACCACCUGCAAGUGAAUCUCAAGUCAGUUGUGAAAGUUUACAAUCAAGACUGUGAUGCUCUUUGAGUAUUAAACAAAGUUUGCACAUAAAAUAUUGCUGAAAAGAAGACAAAAUGCAUGGGAGAAUUUAUCCACUUUAUUCACCUUGAUUAUUAAAAAUAAUCCUGUAAAUAGAAUGAUUUCUAAAGCAUUAUCUUGUGUAUUUUAACCUGCUUUGUUUAAACAAAUAUUGAAUAAAAUGAAGGUGAUAACA